ACGGUGCCGUGUUUCGUGUGGAAAGUUUACCGGCUCGGGUGCAAAGUUUCAGCCGUCUGCAAAGCGAGGGUUCGUCGGCUAACGCUUUUUUUUGGGGGGGAAUGUGCUAGUGACGACAACGGGUUUAUUUUCCACGUAGCUCGAAGCGUUUCAUCGGAUAAAUAUCACCGGCAGCGGGGUGGUUUUCCGGUUAAUAGCCGAGUGAUGCUGCUGUUGAGGGGGGGUUGCUUGGACAACGCUGAUAGCAUUUGAUCGUAUUGUUUUCAGGAAGCCAGCUAGCUCAACGUAAAUCUGUUAGCUCGGGAGUAUUGAACCGGCGAGCUUAGCCUGAUCGAAAACAGGGAAACAAAAAAAAUCGAAAUUUCACUCGACGAAGGACUGCGAGGAAAUACAGAAAGAAGCAAAAUGGCUUGUGAACCUAAUCGUGCCCGGCUUAUGUGCAUGCUGUCGUUGACUUUCGGGUUUUUUAUUGUGGAAGUGGUGGUCAGUCGGAUGACUUCAUCCCUGUCGAUGCUGUCGGACUCCUUUCACAUGCUGUCGGACGUCAUCGCUCUGGUGGUGGCGCUGGUCGCGGUGCGGUUCGCCGAGAAGACCCAGGCGACCAACAAGAACACCUUCGGCUGGAUCCGGGCGGAGGUGAUGGGCGCGCUGGUGAACGCGGUGUUCCUCACGGCGCUGUGCUUCACCAUCGUGCUGGAGGCUGUGGAGCGCUUCACCGAGCCCCACGAGAUCGAGAGCCCGCUGGUGGUCGCCGGGGUCGGUGCCGCGGGGCUGCUGGUCAACCUGCUGGGACUCUGCUUGUUCCACGGACACGCGGGGGGAGGGAGGCGGGGAGGAGGAGGACACGGACACUCGCAUGGAAGUCACGGACACUCGCAUGGAAGCAAGAACAAGAGGGUGAAAAACAAGAAGGCUGGAAACGGGUCUACACUGGAGGAGACCAACAACCUGGUUGGAAAUCACAGCAGCCCCGGGGAGGCGAGGCAGAGAAAUGAAAUCAGCCGUAAAGCCAUCACGGAGGCGCAGAUGAAUGGCAACACCCACUACGAGGAGAUGGACCCUGACCUUGAACACGACUCAUCACAGCUCAAUAUGCGCGGGGUCUUCCUGCAUGUGUUGGGUGACGCCCUGGGCUCUGUUAUUGUGGUCAUCAAUUCUUUGAUAUUUACCUUUGUGUGGAGGCCCUGCAAAGCAGAUGAAACAUGCAUUAACCCAUGUAUCAACAGCCACACCACAGAUCACCAGCAUGUCAAUCACACGCUGGUUGACCUGCUGGAAGGUCCCACUCUGUCACCCAUGACGAUGGCGGGCCCCUGCUGGGUUCUCUACCUGGAUCCCACGCUCUGCGUCAUCAUGGUGACCAUCCUGUUGUACACCACCUACCCGCUGCUGAAAGAGUCGGCCCUCAUCCUGCUGCAGACUGUGCCUAAGCAGAUCAACAUGCACCGCCUCAACGAGCGGCUACUAAAUCUGGAAGGCGUCCUCGCCAUCCACGAUCUGCACAUAUGGCAGCUGGCCGGCAGUCGCAUCAUAGCAACAGCGCACAUCAAGUGCCACGACCCCACAUCCUACAUGGAGGUGGCCAAGCGCAUCAAGGACUUCUUUCAUGACGAGGGCAUCCAUGCCACAACCAUUCAGCCCGAGUUCGUCACGUUCAGCUCAGAGUCUCGUGACUCCCUGUGUGAGCUCUCCUGUCGGACUCAGUGCGCUCCCAAGCUGUGCUGCGGCUCUGCGGACAAACAGAACGCCGGCGCGGACAGGAAGGCCGGCACUGACUGCAAGGCUGCGUCCUCAGCUCUGGAGGUUAUCAACGAGACCCCGGAGCAGGCUCUAGCCGUUCAGGUGCGUCCUCACUCAGAGGGCGCAGCCUCAGAGGCUGAGGUCAUGAUUGCCAGAGAAGUGGAGUCAUCUCUGUGAGAUGGAAGGGAUGGAGAGAAACAGAGGAGAAGCUGGAAAACCAUCACAUCAAGCUAAUUCCUCAUUGUCAUUGGUGCUGUUAUCUUUUUAAUCUGUGCCUCUGUCACAGAAAUACUUUCCUCAGCCUUUUAUUCUCUUGUCAUUGCCUCCAGUUUUGGGUAAAAUUCAUCCCAAAAACACUCUAUGUUCAUGCAUUUAUACCCUUACUUUCCAGAUAUAGCCUUCUGUUUACCUAUUUUCACCCCCCCCCCCCCCCCUCCCAGCCUCUCCUCUGCUGCUCGGCCCCUCUCUUUUUGUCUGUUGCCCAGGCAGUGUGGUGGCGAUGCAUGUUGGGGUUCACUGACCUUAUCUCCUCCAGGACCGGAGUGAGGCCUGCAUGAGUGUCCCUCAUUAGCACCGUGUUGUGAUGUGUCAUCUUGUCCCAUGGUGUUUCUGUGCCAAAGCUUCUCACUGCAGGACUGAAAGGAUUCGAGAGAAGUCCUCCUCCCCUCCAAAAAGGACACACACACACACACACACACACACACACACACACACACACACACACACACACACACACACACACAACAAAAUGCAAGUCAGAGCACACAUCACUAGGUUAUUUUGUUUAGCCUACGGACCUGUUUGCAACAAGUCUACCUUGUUUUGUUUUUAGCGUAGGCUUUAAGCAGAUCUAUUUUCUUACUCUCUGGCCCAAAAUUGAAGAGUAUUAUAUUGCAUACUAAUUUAAGUCUUUAAGUUAUUAGAAAUGAUCUAUUUCUCUUUGUAGAUGCUGUUUGUAAUAUUUAGUUUGGCUGAUAGAAACUUUUUUUUUUUCUGUCUUGAAUAUUUAGACAGACCAUCUAUGCUGUAGUCAUUUAUUUCAAAUGUGAUGUUUUUUUUUUUUUUUUUCAAUGAUUCUGUUUAUCAAGACUUUCCUCUGGCCUUGACUCAGUUUAAAAUGCAGUCAUGAGUUGGAUACAGAAGCCGUAUCUACAAACUCUCUCACAUUGCCUUUUAAACACAAACAACUGCUGUGGUAUAGCACUGUAGACACAGAAUAACUGUCUUGCAAUGGCACAGUCACCUAGUGAAAUGUUCCUUUACAAGUUUGGCCUUGCAAGCCAGAGGGUCGGGUCUGUUGUGAAGCGAUUAGUACUGUAUGCUAUGAUGAGGAAUGAAACACUAUUCUCUGUAUGAUUCUGUAAUGGAAAGCUUUCUGGUGGUGUCUGUUGAUUUAAGUCCAAUAUCCUAAUGAAUGUGUUCAGCACCUCUUCACAAUCCAUGCUGAAAUUUUAUAUUUCCAGGAUGUUUUACAAUGUUUGCAUGACCAAACUCAGACUUGGUGUUUGACUUUUAGCAGCUCCACUUUGAGCUCCAGUUGCUGCUUACCAGUACCUGCUGGUAUUUUCCCAACAUUACUCAUUACUGUGUAGGGAAUGACUCGUGUUGAGUCUGAUUUGUACUUCUGCAUUGAAUCUAGGCCGUAGCAUACACCAUGGUUUCUAGCACAGUUACGCAGACACACCAAGGUACAAGUAUGUAUAGUGCUCAUGAUGACAUAGUCAACCCGGUGUAGCUACGGUGCAGAUUUGACCUAGAAGUACAUAACUCAGGCUUUGUAGUUUUUCUGUCCUCUGCUGUGGACUGCUGAGCCAGCCCUUUUUUUUUUUUUUUUUUGCUGAAUUGAAGACCAUAUGGUGGCCUUGGAAACUUUAUGAAUUUUCACUCAUCACUACAGAUAUCAUUAGAAGGUGAUCCAUCAAAGUAUUUCAGAUUUCCACUCCCGUGUCAAUGUGUAUGCAAUAUAGAAUUUGUGCUGGGGAAUAUAUUUUGAUGCGUUCCUUCAUUUGUAAUGUUGGGUCACUUUUAUUCUGUGUCUUUUAAGACUUGAGCUCUAUGUGCAAAAUGAAAACAAGUGUUUUUUAAUUUUAGAUAUGACAUGUCAACUGAUGUGUUUUUGAUAAACUAUAUAUAUACAGUACUGUCCAAUGUGUCAUUGUGAAAUAAAAGAAAUAUGGCUGUUUGGUACAGUUUAUGAACCAAAA